GGAAGGGGGCGGAGCCCUGAGGUUGGUUGGCGAAACCCAGCUCCUGCGCGGCGCGCCUGCGCGGUGCAGCAGCGCACGUGUUGAAGCCGGAAGCGCCCGGCGGAGCUAGAGAUCUCUGAGGAUGGAAGGCGAGAUGGAGGCGCAGAGCGCUGGGGCCGAGGACGGCUUCACCCAGGUUACCCGCAAGGGUGGCCGGCGGGCGAAGAAACGACAGGCUGAUCAGCUGUCUGCAGCGGGGGAGGGCGUGGACGCGGGCCGCAUGGACACAGAGGAGGCUCGGCCGGCGAAGAGGCCCGUCUUCCCGCCCCUGUCCGGGGACGGGCUCCUGAGUGGGAAAGAAGAAACAAGGAAAAUUCCAGUCCCAGCGAACAGAUACACACCAUUAAAGGAAAACUGGAUGAAGAUAUUUACUCCUAUAGUAGAACAUUUGGGACUUCAGAUACGCUUUAACUUGAAAUCAAGGAAUGUAGAAAUCAGGACUUGUAAAGAAACCAAGGAUGUUAGUGCUCUGACAAAAGCAGCUGAUUUUGUGAAAGCCUUUAUUCUUGGGUUUCAGGUGGAGGAUGCACUUGCCCUCAUCAGGUUGGAUGAUCUCUUUCUAGAGUCUUUUGAAAUUACAGAUGUUAAGCCACUAAAGGGAGACCAUCUGUCGAGAGCAAUAGGAAGAAUUGCUGGUAAAGGAGGAAAAACUAAAUUCACCAUAGAGAAUGUGACGCGGACUCGGAUAGUUUUGGCUGAUGUGAAAGUUCACAUCCUUGGCUCUUUCCAAAACAUCAAGAUGGCAAGAACUGCCGUUUGCAACCUCAUCCUGGGAAAUCCUCCAUCAAAAGUUUAUGGCAAUAUUCGAGCUGUGGCUAGCAGAUCAGCAGACCGAUUCUGAUUUCAAAUCAGAGACUUUUUAUUUUGUCUUUGGACUCUAGGAAAAAGACCUUACACUCUACAACUCAUCACAAGAAACCAUGUGAAGAAUUUCAGUCAUUUUAAGCCUUGGUCACUUCUUCCAUUCUCUGCCAGAGCAUAAACAGAAAGGAAAGGUGUAGUAGUAUUCACACCUAACAGCUUUUAGGAGUAUUUAAAUAUCAAAGUCAAAUACCAUUAUUAUACUUACACAUUAGGUAUAAUUUAUAAUUUUUUUUCAUUUUAAAUUGUAUGUAGCAGAUCUGCAUAGUUUGUAAUCCUCUCAUUUGGAAGGAAACUUCUUGCUCAAACAGUUCUAUGUGAAUUUGUAAGUUUUUAUUUAUAAAUUUAUAAAAUGUUAUAAAUUUAUAAACAUUUCUUCUUUAUAAAUUGUAAUUAAAAGGAUCAUCUCAGAAA